AUGGACUCAUACACAUUCCGCUCUAACCUCAAAAAAUAUACAGAAGAGGCAAUAAAAGACUUGGAAGAAGUAAAGAAAAUUAAUGAUAUAGAACAACAAUGUAACAAAGUUAGUUUUGAUGUUAGAAAACACAAGCAAAAAUUUGAAGAGUUGAAACAAG